CGCGUCAGAGCUCCAAUCUUGGUGUUACAUAUACACAAAUAUCUGCAUUAUAUGUGCAGGAGAGCGCAUAUACAUACAUACAGCUGUGUACAUCGGAGCCGGCCAAGAAGGAAACGUCGUUAUUCAGGUGGUGAUUUCGCCGGAAAAGGUAGGGUCCGGUUUCCUCUUCCGGCGGAGGGUAUAUUGAGAGAGGAAAAUGAAGAAACGAAGAGCAAGGAGCGGCUUCAGCUUUUCGGGGCAGGCGGCGGCGGCGGCCGGUGGCGGUGGUGGUGGUAGUAAGGAGAAGGAGAAGGAGAAGGCGAAGGCGAAGGGGAGGGUGCUGCUGAAGUACGAGGCGUUGCCGGAGUAUUUGAAGGAUAAUGAGUUUAUAAGGGACUAUUACAGAUGUGAAUGGCCCUUGAAAGAUGUUGUUCUCAGCAUUUUCUCCUUGCACAACGAAACUUUGAACAUUUGGACGCAUUUUUUGGGAUUUAUGAUAUUCAUGGGGAUGAUGGUAAUGAGCUUGACAGAGAAAAUGAGCAUCGAGAACGUGAUAGCGACCUUGUUUGGGGAGAGAAGCGACGGAUGGCUGACUUCCAAAACGAUCUACAGAUCCAACGCCUCCAAUGCUUUCUUUACGGAUUCUUAUGUGGGACAGAUUGCUCGAUCACCAAUCGUGCAUGCCAGUAAAGAUUCUGAUUCAGUUCCCUUAUGGCCUUGGCUUGUUUUCUUGGUGGGAGCAAUGACCUGUUUGAUAUUCAGCACAGUGUCCCACCUCUUCGCCUGCCACUCCCAACGCUUCUACUACUUCUUCUGGAGACUGGACUACACCGGCAUUGCCCUCAUGAUUAUCUGUUCCUUUUUUGCCCCAAUAUACUACGCCUUCUCAGAUCACCCCUACUGGCGCUUCUGUUAUCUCUCCUCGAUCACUUUAGUCGGCUUUCUAGUCGUUCUGACUCUACUCACACCGGCUCUAUCAAGUAGCCAUUUCAGGUCAUUGAGGGCCGGCCUCUUCCUCUUCAUGGGGUUCUUAGGAGUAAUUCCGGCUACUCAUGCAGUGAUCCUCCACUGGGAUCAGCACCAAAUACGCGUGUCGCUUGUGUAUGAGAUCGUCAUGGGGUUUUUGUAUGGAAUUGGGGCAUUCUUUUACGUCACUAGGAUCCCGGAGAGAUGGAAACCUGGUGCGUUUGAUAUUGUAGGUCACAGUCAUCAGAUUUUCCACGUUUUUGUUGUUGCUGCUGCUCUUGCUCAUUGUGCAGCCACCCUUAUUAUCAUGGAAUGGCGACGAUGUUUGCCUGCUUGAGAAUUUGCCAGUGAAUUCUUUAACGGGUGUGUAAAGAUUCUAGGAGGUGGAGUUUGUUUUUUCCUGUUUUUUGGGUUAAUUUAAUUCAUUCGAUUAUCUUUUUUAUUUCUUUCUAUAGGCAGUUGACACUUUUCUGUUUGUUGUAAGGGAGCAGGCAGCAUGUGUUUAAGCUUACACCAGUACUGUCUCUCUUGAAUGUAUUUGAUUGUUAGAUGUUAUUGCCAUUAGCUUCUGGGGAAAAUGUUACUGACAGACUCUGUAUCUCUCCAGGUUCAGAAUGUAAUUUCAUGUUUUCUUCUGAGUUCUGACUGAUCAGAAUGAGUUUCUUCAUCAACUCCAGGUAGUUCCUGGAUUUUCUCCAUUGUUGAUGGUGGUUGAGUUUCUGAAUGAUCCUUUUAUAACUAUUUAUGGUCGGUGGGGAUUUCGAACA